UUUUUUUUUUUAACAAGUACAACAAACAAAACUAUAUUUUGUGGUGCAACCAAAAGAAAGAAACAAUUGUUUUUUGUGAAUUGAGUGAAGUGUUAGCAGAAGAUUAAUCAAGGGAAAUCACAAACGAAAUACUCUCAGAGCCAAGUUGCUCGUUAAAUCCGUCUGGGUUUCUGAAUGUGUGUGUGUGUGUUUGUGAGCGUGACAUUAAAGCCAAAAGAGCCACAAUAACAACAAAUGGUAGCUAAGCUGUGGAAAAGCUAAAAAACCUUAAAAAACAAAAAAAAACACAGCUAAGUGAACGCAAACAGGUGCGAAAAGUACAAAAACGUACGAGAAGAUAACGAAGAAGUGGCCUAAGAACUCAAAAAGGGUUGCGACAACUUCCCUUGCUGGCUUCUUUUUUCUUGUUUUUCCCAUUUUGCGGAAGUUGUGGAAGAACCCAAAAAAAAAAAACAACAAAACAAAACACAAUGUGCUGAAAAGUUCUUCAGGCUAAAUAAAAAUAACCUUCAAUAUGGAUACGGUGGCCAUUAAGACUUCGUUGCCACAUGCCCCACUGGGGCAGCAACAACAAUUGCUGCUGCAACAACAACAACCUCAGCAGACAAUAACAACAAACGCCCAAACAUCAGCGAUCAAUGCCAAAAACAACAAUAUUGGCGCAUUUUUUCAGACCUGCAAGGUCUUGUGGCACUUGGACGCCUUUCGACGAUCGUUUCGCGGCCUAAAUCAGCACGUUUGCGGUGGCCAAGACUGCAUCUUCUGCGCCUUAAAGGAACUCUUCCAGCAGCUGCAGACCAGUUCGGAACCGGCCUUGUGUCCGGAGCCACUGCGUCGGGCUCUGGCCAGCGGUCCUUUGGCAGGACGACGCUUCCCACUGGGAUGCCUGGGCGACGCCGCCGAGUGCUUCGAGCUCCUGCUGCACCGCGUCCACUCGCACAUCUCGCCGGAUGAUGGCGACUCCUGCGAGUCAUCCGCCUGCAUCGCCCACCGCAGGUUCGCCAUGCGCGUCAUCGAGCAGAGCGUCUGCAAGUGCGGCGCCAACUCGGAGCAGCUGCCCUUCACCCAGAUGGUGCACUACGUCUCCGCCUCGGCGUUGACCUCCCAAAAGAGCCUCGCCCUGCAAUCGCACCAGCAACUGAGUUUCGGCCAACUUCUGAGGGCGGCCGGUAAUAUGGGCGACAUACGCGAUUGUCCGAACACCUGUGGCGCCAAGAUAGGCAUUUGCCGGGCUUUGCUCAACCGACCGGACGUGGUGUCCAUCGGCAUCGUUUGGGACUCGGAGCGACCGGCGGCGGACCAGGUGCACGCCGUGCUCAAGGCAGUGGGCACCAGCCUGCGACUGGGCGAUGUCUUCCACCAGGUCAGCGAACAGCGGUGGGCCCAGCAGACGCAGCACGAGCUGGUGGGGAUCGUGUCCUACUACGGCAAGCACUACACCACCUUCUUCUUCCACACGAAGCUGAAGGUGUGGGUGUACUUCGACGAUGCCAAUGUGAAGGAGGUGGGUCCCAGCUGGGAGGGCGUGGUGGACAAGUGCAGCCGGGGCAGGUAUCAACCGCUGCUCCUGCUCUACGCCGUGCCCCAACAGCCCGCGAUCAAUGGUGUGGCUAGCCAUGUGGAGCUGCCGCCCAGUGUGGCCCCCAUCAACGGAUCGGUGGUCCGCCGGGCAGUGACCCCCAGUCCGGAGAAGCCCUGUCUGGGCAGCACGAGGAGGGCCAUCACCCCCACUCCGCUGCGAUCGCCCAGCAACGAUUACCAGAACCUCAGUGUCAUCCAGAAGAACAUCUUUCCGGGCACCGACGAAACGGAUGCCUACAUCAGCCGGAAGACGGUGGAGCACGUGCUGAGUGCCCAGUACCAGAACCUGAGUGUGAUUCAGGACAAGAUCGGAGGUGGCGGUGGCGGCCCUAGCGGUGCGGUCAAUGGUGUGGGCCCACAAAAUGCGGACAAGGAUGGGGGCUUCCUGAGCAGGAAACCCAUUGAGGCGGUGCUGAGUGCCCAGUUGGCCAGGAGGCAGCACCUCCAGCUCCAGCGGAGUCACAGUGCGGAGUCGAGCUCCGGCCACGCCUCCUCCUCGAACGGGAGCUCCCCGCCCAGCGAUGGGCUGACCAUGCCGGAGCACCUGAACCAGCCACGUCGCCGGGAUUCGGGCAACUGGUCGGGGGAUCGGAACAGCGCCAGUUCGGCCAGUUCCACCACGCUGGACAACCCGUAUCUGUAUAUGGUGGCCAAGCGGGGCGUGGCGGCAGUGCCGCAGAGUCCCACGCGUCAUGGUUUGCCCUAUGAUCCCGGCUACGACUCCUUCUCGCUGAGCUCCACGGACUCCUAUCCGCCGAAGCACGCCCUGAAUCCGCAGCUGGCCAAGAUACCCGAGGCGGCCAAUGGAGGUGGAGGUGCGCCGGGAGGCGGCAUGGUGGCACAUGGCCAUGGAAUGGCACUGUCGGGGGACUGCGAGAAGCUCUGCCACGAGGCGGACCAGCUGCUGGAGAAGUCGCGUUUGGUGGAGGAGUCGCACGACCUGGAGACGGCACUGGUGCUCUGCAAUGCGGCGGCGGGAAGGGCCAGGGCGGCCAUGGAUGCCCCCUAUAGCAAUCCGCACACGAUGACCUUCGCCCGGAUGAAGCACAACACGUGCGUGAUGCGGGCCAGGAGCCUGCACCGCCGCAUCCUGGUGGAGAAGGGGGCGGAGACGGAGGCCAUGCCGGAGCUGAAGCACAUGCGCGAGGGCAGCAUCAGCAGUGUGAAGCAUGUGCGCCAGAACAGCAAGGAUCGCACGCUGGAGAAGGAGCAGCAUCAGCAGCAGCAGCAGUUGCAGUUCCAGCAGAUCCAACAGAUCCAACAGAUCCAGCAGAUCCACCAGCAGAUCCCGGCCAGCAUCGAGAUCUAUGCCACGCUGCCGAAGCGCAAGAGUCCCCUAAAAGCACUGGCUUCUGCUGCCGCUGCGUCCACCUGCGAUGACAAUGCCAUCGAGUACGAGCAGGAGAAGCAGGUGGCCACCAGCAGCGGGAGCAGUCCCGGCAAGCCGGAGCGGGAGAGUCGCUCCCUGUUCGGACGCAAGGACAAGGACAAGGACAAGGAGCGGGAGAAGCGGAGUCGCAGCGAGGAUCGCAACAAGCUGACCCGCGAGUUCUCGCUCACCGAGACGCUGCUCGUCAACGCCAAGGACACGCUGAAGAAGCACAAGGAGGACAAGGACGAGAAGAAGGAGAAGGACAAGAGCGGCAAGAAGCAGCACAAGAUCAGGCGCAAGUUGCUAAUGGGUGGCCUGAUCCGCCGCAAGAACCGCUCCAUGCCGGAUCUCACGGAGGCGGUGGACGAUGUGGCUGCCAAUGCCAUGGGGGGCCACCUCACCCACCACCAUCCGCACUAUCCCGCCCAGGCGGGGGGCGUGGCCAACUCCGGAGGAGCCCUGCUGGGCAGCUCCGUGGACGACAGUGCCGUGGGCCUGGGCAAGCACGGGCACGGCAUGAGUGGCUACAUAUCCGAGGGCCACUUCGAUUACCCUGGCUCUGGGGUGGGAUCGCAGUCCGGAGCGGGCAGCAACCCCAAUCCGAAUCUGGAGCGGAGCAAGCUGAUGCGCAAGAGCUUCCAUGGGAGUGGCAGGCAGCUGACCAUGGUGCCCAAGGUGGCGCCACCGCCGCCCAUGCGCACCAGUUCCACGUUGACUCCGCAGCAGCAGCAGCAGCAGCAGCAGCAGCAGCAGCAGUACCACCACGAGGCCAACCUGUCCAAUCUCUCGGCCAUGAGCUCGAACACCUCGAUCAGCGAGGACUCCUGCCAGACGAUCAUCACCACGUGCGCCCAGGUGCACUCGGAGCAGAGUCCGCUGAAGGACCUGCAGAUGCUAAGUGGGCAGGAUGAGAUGCCCCUGCCACUGCCACUGCCACUGCCCAUGGAACUGCCCCCGUAUCCGAGUCCACCGCACUCCGCCUGCCAUUCGCGGCAGGCCAGCGAGGACUUCCCGCCACCGCCGCCGCCGGAACUUGACCUGGAGCCACUCAACCAGCAGCUGAGCCAGCUGCAGGCCUUGGAGGCGGCCAGCAAGCACCAGCGGCAGCAGCUGGACUCCCUGGAGGGCACCACCAGCAUCCUGGCCCAGCUGCAGCAGCGGCAGCACCUGCUGAAGCUGCGCAAGGAGCAGGCCAGCCACCCGCAGGAUGCCACCUGGCUGACGGAGCUGCAGGUGAAGCAGGCCAACGAUCUGAGGGCCAUGCAGCGCAAGCUGGAGGCAUCCUCGCCGGCGAGUGUCAGGGAUCUGGCCCACCGCUUCGAGCAGCCCUCCAUCCGGUCGUAUGCCUCGCAGGAGCUGCUCAGCCAGCCAGGUCAACCCACUGGUCAGCUGCGCACCCAGAUGAACGGACUGCCCAGUGCCAAGCUGGAGGUGGACGAGGUGGACUGUGCGGCGAGGAGUGUCCUGCCCGCCCACCAGAUCCUGCCCAAGCCCAAGUACGAGAUGAGCCAGUCGCAGAUUGCCGAGGAGAUCCGCGAGGUGGAGCUGCUCAACACGAUGGUGCAGCAGACGCUGGGCCAAAGUGCGGCAGCCACUGCAGCGCCGCCCAAGCGGGUGAAGAAGAAGAGCGUCUCCUUCUGCGACCAGGUGAUCCUGGUGGCCACCGCCGGCAACGAGGAGGACGACGACUUCAUACCCAAUCCCAUACUGGAGCGGGUCCUGCGCACGGCCCAGCAUCCCAACGAGAAGGUCACCGCGCAGAUGAUCCAGCAGCAGCAGCAGAACAUGCUGCGCCUGCAAACGGAGGCGCAGCCGCGACAGCAGUUGCAGCAGCAGUUGCAGCAUCAGCAGCAACAGCAACCGUCGCCCAUGUUGGGCAGACCGGCAGCAGCAACACCCACAGAUAUGCAGCGAUAUGUGCAACGGAUACAGCAGAAUUAUCAGCACCUACAGCAACAUCAGCAGCAACAGCAGCAGCAACAGCAGCAACAUCAGCAGCAACAGCAGCAGCAGCAACAACAGCAGCAGCAGCAACAGCAGCAGCAGCAACAGCAACACCAGGAGCUCUACCGCCAGCAGCAGCAACAUCGCACUAGCAUGAGUGGCAUAGCCAGCCAGCAGCACUUGCAACAGAUGGACGCACAGUACACCACAAUGCCACGUCCCCUGCAUCAUCCGCAGCUAUUGGCCCAAAGCUAUUCCGUGCAGUUGCAGAAGCACCAGCAAUUGCAACAGCAGCAACAGCAACUGCAGCAACAGCAACUGCAACAGCAGCAGCAACAGCAACAGCAGGUCCCGCAACAACUCAGUUUGGAAUACUUUAGCAAUGGCAAUGUGGCGACUUCCGAGCAAGUGCCUCUGCCCUCGCCUUACCAGCGGGUGCCCCUGCCACAUGGCUACUACCCACUGCCCAAUGCCCAGCAGCAACAGCAACUGCAGCAGCAACUGCAACAGCAGCAGCAGCAACUGAUGGCCAAGCCAGUGCAGAAAAAGGUGAGCUUUGAGCCGGGAACCAAGGGCGAAGCCGACAUCCUGCCCCCGCCACCGCCACCUCCCCAAACCAAGUUGGCCCUACAGAACGGAUUACCCGAGGCGGGAGGAGCAGGACUGGGAUCUCCGGGAGCAGGAGCAGGAGCAGGAGCCACGGCUGCCAUCACCGCCAUACCCACCCGCGUCUACAACAAUGCCAUCGUGAAGGCCUCGGCCAAGGCUGUUGAAUGCAACUUGUGCCGCAAACGACAUGUGAUUGCACCGGCGGUGUAUUGCACCAACUGCGAGUACUACCUGCAGAUGCUGAACCAGCGCAGAUGAUGACGACCUUCGCUGGACCACGUCUCUAGUGCAACUUUCUAGCCGUACAUGGAACCUGUUAAUCUCAAGCAAUGCAAUGCUGCCACGUCGCCAAUAAGGAUCCGCCAAGGAUGUACAUAGCAUGGUUACAAAUACGUAGGUCUAAGGAGAGAGGAGCGGACGGAUUGCCAGGCGAAUCGAGGAUCAAGGAUCGGGGAUCAAGGAUCAGGGAUCAGGGAUCUAGGCGGAACGCAAACUGAGGGGGAACACAGUCCUUCUAUGGUUCCACAUGAGAAGUUCCCGCUGUGAGAGUUAACCCACCCAUCAGUGCCACCAUGCCACCCACUCACCCACCCACCAUCCAAUGUCAAUGUCCCCCAGCACCACACGCACACAAGCAUAUUGUACACUUCCAUCCGCACCUACACAUAUACUUGACCAGGACUCGAGCGGUUUGUACACGAUGCAGUGGCUUCGUUUCGAAGGAAUCUGUAUCUGAAUCUGAAUCUGCCGCUGCAUCGUUUACAGCCAACUCAGAGCCAUCUGUCGCCCCAUUGGACAUCGAUCGCUUGACUAAACGCAUUCCCAGAUACUAAAAAACACCCACAAUGCCUGGUGGUCCGCCAUUCGCUCCUAUCAAUCGCAUAAGAGUUUUUUUUUUUCGACCACGAUUUUUAAAUACAUAUUUUAUUUACGCUUAAGGAAUACGUUUUUUUUAUGUGUGUGACGCCAGCAGUUCGAAACUCAGUCGCUGAGCUUCCUUGUGCGUGCUGUUGUCCAACGACACUCGCAUUACAAUUUUUUUUUUUCAUAUUUUUUAUAGUUUUUAGUUGUACUCUUAAUGAGUUGUAGCAUUUAUUUUUUUCUUAAAGUUUUCGUACUUAAUUAGACUAAGAAUAUGUAAACAAACUUUUUGUGUCUUAUGCAUUUAAACGAUUCCGUGUAUUUAUAGUGUUAAUACUACUUUUACAAUCUAUACAUACUUAUAUAAAGAUUAUAUAUUUUUAUAAUGAUUUAUAAAAGUAGAUUUCUCUUUGCAGCAUACAAGCAGCGAGAAAAGAGAUGUCAAGCAUCCACAAAAAUGGUAAACAAUUAUUUUUUCUAAAUAAAUACAUAUAAAAUAAAAA